AUAAGUAAUAUCGCUGUGUUUCAAAACUGAGAGACCUGCGAGACUGUGAUAAAGAAAAUAUUAUUGGCACUAGCUGAGAGACGUGUGUAUUGCCUAUAAACGGUAAAAGAAAAUGUUAUUUUUUUCUGCGUUACCUUAUUUUUGUUACGAUAAUGAGCAUAUUGAUGAUCGUUAAAUUUGAUUUACUUUUUUACAAGCAUUUCACAAGAUACAAGGAAAACCUGCUUUAGUAAUGAGGAGGUCCCUAAAAUGCUACACAUUCUGUGUGGUCACAUGUAUUUCAAUAAUAAAUACUAAAAUGUCUGGUUUUUCGUAUUGGGAGUCUAUUGAUUUUUUUUUCUUUUUUGUAAGUUCGUCGUUUCGUUUCAAGUUUUUUCUUAUCAUUUCUUUGCUUUAUACUUUCAAUUUAGUGCACAGUCGCUAUGUGACCGAUGACUUCCUACUUUUCACGGACAGACUAAACGGAGUAAUAUGGCAAGCUGACCUGAUCCAGUGGAACUUACACGCCAUCUAUACCCAGUGUAAUAACCCCAUAUCCGCAAGUUACGACCCCAUAGAGCAGAGGGUUUACUGGUCUGAGGUUGUCACCUUCGCUAAAAUAAGAAGAAUAAAUCUGAAUGGAAAAGAGCCGGAAGUGGUCUUUGAUUUCAUUAUUGGGAGCGUGCCGGACGCUGUUGCAGUCGACCAUAUUUCCCGCCUAUUGUACUACACCGAGGGCAUGUAUGAAACCAUUGGUGUGAUGAGAUUGGACGGCUCCCAGCACAAGAUCUUAUUAAGAACUGGAUUGGAUAUGCCGAGAGCGAUGACGUUGGAUCCACUUAAUGGCUGGAUGUAUUGGACGGAUUGGGGAACGGAACCAAAGAUAGAACGCGCCCACAUGGACGGCGGAAACAGGCAAACUGUGGCGAACACGGCUCUAUCAUGGCCGAACGGAAUAGAUAUUGACAUCCCUGAACAGAAACUUUAUUGGUGCGAUGGAAAUUAUUCCAAAAUUGAAGUGUCCGACCCAGAUGGAAGUAACAGACGGUCUUUGAUCGAAGCGGAAGAUACUCUUGGUGGUCACUACUAUGGCAUUGCCGUGGACGACCAGCAGAUCUAUUUCACUGAUUGGAAAAUCAAUGUCUGGGCGUUCCAUAGAGUCAACAAACACGACGGCAGUAACUCGAGUGUUCGUGCUGCCAGUUUUAUUCCAUUGGCCAGGUUAACUGGUGUUCAUGUGUACAGAAGUUCAUACCAUUUAUCACGAUCGAACGGCUGCAGUGUAAACAAUGGGGGUUGUCCAUACCUGUGUCUACCAAAACCCAACGGCAGAACGUGCGCAUGUCCAGAUGGGGAAUCCGCAUGCGUUUCGACGACAUUUUCCAACACCUUUACAACUCCUGUUGUAACAAAACCGCCCACCAAGACUACUACGCCUACUACAAGAACCACUGCACCAACAACGACUACUACGGUAACGACAACGUCCACUACGCCUACUACCACUAGUGCUACCACUACGCCAACUACAACGACAACGCCUACUACGACUUCUACUACGUCUACCACGCCUACUACCACCACCGGCACAACGACAUCCAUUACCCCGAUCACCACGUUCGUUUCGUCAACUUCCCUCGCAACGACAUUCCCUGCCUCGCCUCCCACAGUUACACUAGCGUCUACCAUCCCGAAUGUUAUUCCAACUAGAAUAGAGGGAGCUGAAAAUGACGCAGGAGGGAAUGGCGAGGACACGGCAAGCAUCCCGCUGGUAAUUGGUGUCGCAGUGUCCACACCGUUGGUCACCGUAAUUUUGGUGGUGGUCAUCAUACGACUGUUUCUUAGGAGACGAAGAACACCGCCACCUGACCCACAAAGUCUACGUGUUCUUCGCUUCAACCCCGCGUUUUCCGACCGUCCGGUACCUCUCCCUCCUAAAUCACCUAAAGGACAUCUUCGUGUGUCAACCGAUUGGGAGUUCGACCAUAUUCAAAGUGAUUACCUAUCAUUUACAGCAGAUAAUAUUUAUGAGGGGACCCAAGAGAAUCAGUAUUCGGAUUAUGCCAGCAUCUUACCGCAGAAUAUGGACGUUUAACCAGCAGCUUCAAAGGGGGGGUACCCCCCCCCCCCAAA